CUGCGCUUCCAUUCCCGCCCGACAUUGUCUGCCUUAAUAAACCAGCACCGCAGCCUGGAUCGCAACUUUCAAUUUCCUCGCCGCCCAGGAUCUCUAUCAUUUGUAACUCGAUGUACUAUUUUGAUUGAUAUCUCCCAUCGCCCUUGCUUUUUCUAUGUGCAGUCAUUCAUUCAGUAUUGUCUGCUGACCACGAUCCUGUCUUGAACCCACUCGACGAGUACUAGACUCAUUCCCUUCCCAUCGUCAUUUGUCGUAAAGCAGCCUGUCGUCUCGGUUGAGGCACAGCUGCUCCCAUAAAGCCACCACGACACCCUCCUCGAGAAAGAGAAAGGCCGAGGACGGUGUCUCAGACGCCUUUAACCACGCAUCUGUCAAGUCCCGAAAGGCAUCCGCUGUCCCUCCACAAGGUCCCACGACACCCAUGACAGAGCACGGCUCACCCUCUUUACAAGAUAUGGAUUCAGAAGACGAUUUCAUGUCCGACUCACCUAGUGGUGAUGAAAUCGAUUUCGACGAAGGAACUCAAGAUAGUGACAUUGGCAGUAUAGAAGGUGAUUUUGAUCAGGAUCACGACGGCGGCUUUGCAUAUGACAAAGACAUCUUCACAAAUCCGCAGAAACCCUAUGAAGUGGACUACAAGGUUUUGAGUCCCCAGGAUAUACAAGCACUGCAAGACAGACAAUUUCAGGAAGUUUCAUCAAUCAUUGAACUGCCACCCGAACAGACGGCCAUCCUUCUCCGGUACAUGAGAUGGAACAAGGAGAAACUGAUCGAGUCAUACAUGGAUUUCCCGGAAAGAGUUCUGGAAGAGGCAGGCUUAGGGGCGAGUUUCGCAGAAACCCCACAUACCAAGACAGUCCCGGGUUUUACAUGCGAGAUCUGCUACGAGGACGAUCCUGAGUUGCGGACAUACGCCAUGAGAUGCGGCCACCGAUACUGUGUUGACUGUUACUCCCAUUAUCUGGGCCAGAAGGUCAAGGAAGAGGGAGAGGCUGCAAGGAUUGAGUGCCCCUCUGAUGACUGCCACCGGAUCGUGGACUCGAAAUCGCUCAGACUACUGGUGGAUCAGACCGUUUGGGAUCGUUACCAGGUACUGCUCACGAGGACAUAUGUGGAUGAUAAGGCAAACCUGAAAUGGUGUCCUGCGCCCGAGUGCGAAUACGCUAUUGAUUGUCCUGUCAAGAAACGAGAUCUCUCCCGGAUCGUUCCUACCGUGCGUUGCUCCCACGAUCAUAGCUUUUGCUUUGGCUGUACCUUGGCAGACCAUCGACCUGCUCCCUGCUCCCUGGUCAAAAAAUGGUUGAAGAAGUGCGAGGAUGACUCCGAAACGUCAAACUGGAUCUCAGCAAAUACAAAGGAAUGUCCCAAAUGCCAGUCCACAAUAGAAAAGAAUGGCGGUUGUAACCACAUGACCUGUCGCAAGUGCAAACAUGAAUUCUGCUGGAUGUGCAUGGGACCUUGGAGUGAGCAUGGCACAAGCUGGUAUAAUUGUAACCGUUUCGAAGAGCAGUCAGGCGCCGAUGCACGCGAUGCUCAAGCUCGCUCCCGUCACUCCCUGGAACGAUACUUGCACUACUACAACCGGUAUGCUAAUCACGAGCAGAGUGCUAAACUGGACAAGGAUCUCUGGCUUAAAACCGAAAAGAAGAUGACAAGUUUGCAGUCUCAAUCAAACAUGUCCUGGAUUGAGGUGCAGUUCCUUGACACUGCAGCGAAGGCAUUGCAGGCUUGCCGCCAAACCCUCAAAUGGACGUAUGCCUUUGCAUACUACCUGGAGCGGAAUAAUAUGACUGUGAUUUUCGAGGACAACCAGAAAGACUUGGAAAUGGCGGUUGAGAACCUCAGCCAGAUGUUUGAGAAGCCUGUGAAUGAGCUGGCCGGUCUGAAGGUUGAAAUCUUGGACAAAACCACGUACUGCAACAGACGACGCGAGAUUUUGUUGACCGACACUGCUAACAAUCUCCAGAAGGGAGAGUGGAGUUUCAACGUAACUUUAUGAUGGAAGGACAGGACAGUGAGCACGACUGUGAGGAUAUCCUCCUUUGUCCUUCCCACCAAUUGCAGCAAGCGCGGCGUUCGUACAUGGGCUAGUUGGAUGCAUUUUCCAUGGAAGAGGGUUGGCGCUUCGAUUUGCGACACAAUGAUGGGCUGUUGUUUGCUAGGUAGAAGGGCGUGAUGAACAUUGAAGGCCGAGCCAGUAUAUUUUAUGCACAUGUUGUGGCAAGGAUUGUCUCUGAAAACAAGUAGCAAAGCUUUUAGCCAGAUGAUGAUCGCCAUCACUCAACCAGAUCACUCAGUGGGUCUCAAGAUCCAACAUCUAUCGACGACUAAGAUGGCUCAUUCAACUUGCUUAUCCGUAGCGGCUACAUGAUCACCGUUGCCCGAGAAAGACCGAAGAGAAUGAAAUGAAUUGAUAGAAGGGCAUUGAUACCGUGAAGCCGAAUUGUGUCCACGUACGGAGUAAACAUAAUGGGCCUGUG